AUGAAGUGGAGCGUCCGCGGGGCCUGCGCCGCGCUCUCCGCCUGCCUCCUGCUGGCCUGCGCGCUCAGCGCCGCCGCCGUCGGCCUCAAGUGCUUCUCGCUGGGCUCGGAGCUACGCGGGGAGCCGUUCCGGCUGGGCGCGGCCGCCGGCGCCUUCUACUCGGGGCUGCUGCUGGCCGCCGGCCUCUCGCUGCUCGGCGCCGCCCUGCUGUGCUGCGGACCCCGGGACGCCCCGCUCGCGGGCCCGGGCCCGGGCCCGGGCCUCGGGGUCCCCGCAGCCGCGGCAGGCGCUCCCGAGGCCGCGCCGGCCGAGCCGGGAGCCGCAGCCGGUCCUCCGGGGCCGGUGAACAGCCAGAACCUGCUUCUGCUCGGCGUUCUCGUCUUCAUGCUCGGGGUCCUCAGCGCCUUCGCGGGCGCCGUCAUCGACGGCGACACCGUGUCCCUGGUGGAACGCAAGUACUCCCACUACUGCCUGCCCCCGCGCGCGCCGGCCGCCCCCGGCCCCGCCGCCCCCGGCCCGGCCCCCGGCGCGCCGCGCGCCCGCAGCAGCCUGGACAGCGCCACGUCGGCCAAGUGCCGCCAGCUCAAGGACUACCAGCGCGGCCUGGUGCUCUCCACCGUCUUCAAUUCGCUCGAGUGCCUCCUGGGCCUGCUCAGCCUCCUGCUGGUCAAGAACUACAGGUCGUCGCAGGCCCGGCGCGGCCGGCGCGGCCGGCGGAGGGGAGGCCGAGCCCCGGCGCGGCCCCGCGGCGGUUCGGGGCUCCGCGCGCAGCCGCCAGCCUCCCGGGUGCGGCGGGGUCGGCGGGGCCGGCGGGGCCGGCGGCUGCAGCAGCGCCCGAGCGAGGCUUCCAUCCUGUCCCCGGAGGACUCGGACUUGGCCGCCCCAGGGGACUGCGCGGGGUUCGCAGCGCAUCACGCGGUCUCCUACAUCAACGUGGGCGUCUUCCACGCGUUCGACGAGGCGGGUGUGGAGGUGUGCUGCGGGGGGCACCCGUCCGUGGAGCUGCCAGGGUACGCGCCCUCAGACCCCGACCUCAACGCCUCCUACCCCUACUGCUGCCGGCCGCCCUGCGACGCGGCGCGCCCUUGGGAGCCGAGCCGGGCCUGCUGAGUCCCCGGCCGCCCCGCGCGACGAGGGGCCACCGGGCUGGCGGGGCGCUGCCAUCUCAAGGGGCGGUGUGGCCCUACGCCCGCCUCCGAGGGCUCCCCGCCAGAGACUGGUCCUCCAGUAUUAUCAUUUCUGUGUCUGGGAGGUUUGUCUUUUCUGUGUCUGUUCGUAUCCGGAUUCCAUUUUAAAGUUUACAAUAAAUGUUCUGGGGUUAGCUCGCCCCACCGCACUUCUCUUUGGCAAGUCCGUUCCCUGGGGCCAGGCUCCCAGGUCCCUGGUGAGAGCUCACCAAGCGGGUGACUCCGCGGGAGGAAGACCGCUCGCUGAGAGGACAGGACCAAGCCGCUGCGACUUCUGGAAUGAGAGAAGCGAGAAGCACCCAAUAGAACACUUUGUACACGGAUGUGCCUGCUUUUGUCGGUACUUUCUUACUGUAAAGCUCUCCAUAAACAGUGAAAUGUUUGGUAAAUUUAUUGCAAUUUAAAAUUGGUGAGUUUCUUUAUUAAAUUAAUUGCUACGUUGUUGGACAUAGUCAUCAAAUUAGAGAAUGUCUACCUACAAAUCAGUGUGGGAGGAAAUGGUGGAAUUUGGUCAGAACGCACAGAUGUUGCGUUCCAACAGUUGUACACAGCUGGCAGGCUGACUCACUCCAUCCUCUCUCUGAAGCCAACUUUCUGUGGGUGCCAGGUCUCACAUUUUUUUUGGAAAGUGGUGACCGUUUCUACUGCGAAGCUGAGUGUAUUUUUGGUUAAUAUAUAUGAA